AUGACGCAGAUUUCCGAUGGCAAGUCAACAGGGGGUGUACUUCAGAUUCCUGCAGCUGCAACACAGAAGAAUGCAUCAACAGCUUCCAGGAAGGCUCCGAAGCCCCCUGCGCCGCGACUCAAAUUGCUCGUGAGACGGUUACCACCGGGUUUGACCCAAUCCGAGUUCGAAAAUGCUCUGGGUUCAGAGUGGAUGGUUGGAGCAGGAAAAGUCGACUGGUACCAGUACAAGCCAGGCAAGGUAUCCAAAGACUAUGCCAAACCUUCGAGACCCUCCCGCGCCUACAUCCAUGUUACAUCCAGUGAGCAUAUUGCGCCUCUAUCAGAUAAAAUCCGGCAAACAUCGUUCCUAGAUGCUCGCAACACGUUCAAUGAUCCCGUGCUCUUGGGACCGCCGUCUCUAGAGUUCGCUCCUUACGCCAAAAUUCCCGGUAGUCGUGUACGGAAGGAUGCCCGCCAGGGUACAAUUGAUCAAGAUCCCGAAUUCAUUGCGUUCCUCGAAAGUCUGACACAGCCGAUUACGAAACCUACCACUGUUGAAACUCCUACCGACGCCGAAGAAAAGAAGGAAACCGUUACCACUACGCCUCUCGUGCAGUAUAUCAAGGAAAAGAAGGCCAACAAAGCCAAAGAGGCCUCCAGCAAGUCCUCCAGGCAUGCCAAGGGCGAGAAGGAGUCGAAGUCGGAGAAGGUACAAGCCAAGAAACUUUUGCAACGGCCGGACAAGGAUGCUGCCCUGGCACCUACAGGAGACAAGGCAGAGAAGAAGUCCAGGACCUCAGACAAGGCGACGAAAGAAGCAGUGAAAGCAGCAAACAGAGCCGCCAAUGCUGCUGCUAAGCAAGCUGCUAAACCAGCAGCGACCCAAAAUACUAGCAAAGAUAGUGCUCAGCCUGCUUCAACUGAACGGAAACGCGAGCGUAAUAACGUCGCUGCGGCAGCCAAGAUUCUUCAACGAGACUUGGGGCUUGCACCUUCAGGCGGCCGUCGGAGGGCUGGUAGGGGUGCUUCGACAGAGGCGGACUCGAGCAAGAAAGAGCCGGACGCUGCUGCUACUGCAGAUACUGGCAAGAAGGAUAUUAAGUCUGGGAAGGCCGCGUCACCAUCGACUCCAAAGAGCAAAGCCAAUGCUACACCUCCAUCUGGCGAGCCCGCGUCAUCUCGUGCUCAAUCUGGUCCAAAUGCAGCCCCUACGAGCGCACCAUCCGCACCGAAGCAGUCGAAAUCAGCGAAAGGCAAGCCAGCCGCGCCAAUUGCUUCGCCUACGGCUACACAGGCGUUCCUCAAGCACGCCAAUCCAUCACAGGGAGUUACAGAACCAUUACUUGAAACUGCAUUUGCACCUUUCGGAGAGAUCUUGAAGGUGGAGAUUGACAAAAAGAAGGGGUUUGGCUACAUCGACUUUGCAGAACCGGAUGGUCUUCAGAAGGCAAUUGCCGCUAGUCCUGUCACGGUCGCGCAGAGUCAAGUCGUCGUGCUUGAACGCAAGAUCAAUCCUGGUGCAGAAAAGACUCGCGGCAAGGGACGAAGCGAGCAACCCGUCCCGAAUAAUGGCAGCAACAGCAACGGCAAUCGUGGUGCCAAGCAGGGCUCAGAUGGAGGAUCUGGACCAGGCACACCAUCCUCUUCUCGUGGACCGCGUGGAGGUCGCGGAUCCAGGAACAAGGGCGGUUCGAAGAGUAACGGAGCAAAUGCCAGUUCAAACACAACUAGUGGGAAGACCGGUGGGGAGACCAAAUGA